AUGGUUGACAACAACAUUAUGCCAACCUCCGGCCAAAGAGAAAUUGAUCCUAUAACUCUUGCCAAAAUCAAGCAGCAAGCUCAAGAUCGUGAAUAUGACAUUGUUGAAGAGCCUAUAGGUAGAAUUAAAUUAAAAAAUUACACUUCAGAAGAUUCUACCUUAGCUAAUGAAAAGCCAUUUAUAAGCUAUUAUUGCUCACUCUGUGGAGAUCAUGCAUUUGUAAGCUCAGUUCCUCUCAUAGAACUACCUAGACGUAGGACCGAUUUUUCACUAAUAAUUCCAGCAUCUCAAUCAAUGGUAUUUCAGCGAUAUAUGGCUCCUGGAGAUAUCAUAGGAGUUCGCAGAGAAAAUGGCAUUGAAAAGCAGUGGAGGUGAAAAUGCAAAGGCUGCAAUAUUGAUUUAGGAUACCAAUGUGUAAAUUUUGAUAGCAAAUUGCCCAAUGAAAUAGCUCCACAACUAUAUAAAAACACAAAUUCUGUUAAAGUUCAAGCAAAAAACCCAAAUAAAUUGAAUUUUUAUAUAUUAAGAAACGCCUUACUAUUCCUAUCCUAAAUCUAGCAGUUAAUCUUUGUUCAAUUAAAGAGCGGAUAUAAAAAAAAAAAACACUUGAAAAAAAAAAAUAUAGGAUAAGACAUAUAGCGCCUGACUUCUGAGAAAAAACACUAUGAAAAUAAAAUACUUUUGACAUGUUAAAAAUUAAAAUUGAUAAAUAGAGAUAUAAGAUGAAAUUUUUAAAUUUAAUCUUGUUUUUUUUAGCUUUUCUUUUGCUAAAGAUUUAUAUUAGGGUGCGUGUUAAAAUAUAAUUUUUAAUAAAAACUUGCAAUGUGAAAAAUCGUUAAAUCAAGUUUUGUAUCACGAAAGGAUUGGGAGUUAGCAACCGAUGUAAGCUGUAGUGAGUUAUUAGAAGAAUUUGCUAGACUAAAUAGCAUCAAGAAAAGGCAAGAAAUAGAUAAUGAACCAAAUAAUUAA